UGCCCCCCCCGCCCCCCGGUUCUGAGAGAGCAAUCCUGCCAGCCGCUGAGCCCUCUGCCCAAGUCGGACGCCCAGAGGAGCCUUCUCCCCAGAUCCCACUUUCCCCAGGGGAGGGGCAGCUCCGCGCCAACGGGGAGGAUGAGACCGGGCGGAGGCAGGCAGGCAGCCGGGGCUCCGGGCGGCUCCCGGGCGGGAAGGGGCAGCCCUGGGCGCGGGGCGGAGGUCCAGGAUGGGAAGAGGCCCCUCAUGCUCCCUCCGCCCGGGGGCUCUGCAUACGGAACCCUCCGGAGGAGCUGAGCUUGGGCACCUGGGCCUCCGCGGAGCGCUCGGAGCCGGGAGCGCUCUCUCGGGUUGGGCCCUAGGGCGGCUCCCACUUAGGCUCCUGGCGGGGACUGGGCGGGGCGGGGGGGCGUGUGUCCGGCCCCGCCCCGGCCCCGCCCCCUGGAGCCGCCUGGGACGCAGGGAGGAGGAGGGCUGCUCCGCGCCAACUGCCGGCGGCGACCCGCUCCUGCACGCUCCGGGGAGGCCCUCGCAGGUGCGAUGACUCAGCAGCCCCAGGAGGGCUUCGACAGGAGCGUGGAGGACGCCCGGGCGUGGAUGAAGGCCGUGCAGGAGCGGCUGCAGAUCAACGACAACACCCAGGGGCCCCGGGCCGCCCUGGAGGCCAGGCUGUGGGAGACCGAGAAAAUAUGCCAGCUGGAGCCGGAGGGGCGUGUGAAGGUGGACCUGGUUCUCCGGGCGGCCGAAGUGCUCCUGGCAUGCUGCCAUGAGGACCAGAAACCCGAGAUCCUGGCCCGGCUGAGGGACAUCAAGGCCCUAUGGGAGGAGACAGUCACCUACAUGACUCACUGUCACAGCCGCAUCGAGUGGGUGUGGCUGCACUGGAGUGAGUACCUUCUGGCCCGAGACGAGUUCUACCGCUGGUUCCAGAGGAUGAUGGUGGUGCUGGAGCCCCCCGUGGAGCUGCAGCUGGGCCUGAAGGAGAAGCAGUGGCAGCUGAGCCAUGCCCAGGUGCUGCUGCACAAUGCGGACAGCCAGGCCGUGCUCCUGGACCGGCUGCUGGAGGAGGCGGCCUCCCUGUUCAACAGGAUUGGGGACCCCAGCGUGGACGAAGACGCCCAGAAGAAGAUGAGGGCCGAGUACGAUGCCGUGAAGGCCAAAGCCCAGGACAGAGUGGACCUCCUGGAGCAGGUGACCCGGGAGCAUGAGCAUUACAAGGCAGAUGUGGACGAGUUCCAGCUGUGGCUGAAGGCGGUCGUGGAGAAAGUGAACGGCUGCAUGGGGCGGAACUGCAAGCUGUCCCCCAAGCACCGUCUCUCUGCGCUGCAGGACAUCGCCAAAGAGUUUCCCAGGGGCGAGGAGUCUUUGAAGAGGCUGGAGGAGCAGGCGGUGGGGGUCAUCCAGAACACCUCUCCUUUGGGUGCAGAGAAGAUCACUGAGGAACUGGAAGAGAUGCGGGAAGUUCUGGAGAAGCUGCGGGUCCUCUGGGAGGAAGAGGAGGAGCGGCUGCGGGGCCUGCUCAAGUCCAAGGGGGCCUUUGAGCGGCAAAAGAAGCAGCUGCAGGCCGAGCUGGGAGAGUUCAGGAAGGGCCUUCAGAGGCUGACGGAGGAGGGCCUGGAGCCCACGGCGAAGGUGGGGACUGAGGACGAGCUGGUGGCCCACUGGAGACUCUACUCGGCAACUCGGGCAGCGCUGGCCGCGGAGGAACCGCGGGUGGACCAGCUGCAGGCCCAGCUGAAGGAGCUGAUUGUCUUCCCCCAUGACCUCCAGCUGCUCCCCGACAGUGUCGUCGCUGCCAUCCAGGAGUACCAGAGCAUGAAGGGGACGAGCACCAGGCUGCGCAAUGCCACGGGGGUGGAGCUGUGGCAGCGUUUUCAGCGGCCUCUGCAGGAUCUGCAGCUGUGGAGGGGCCUGGCCCAGAGGCUCCUGGAUGUCACCGCCAACCUGCAAGACCCGCCUUCCAUUCACACCUUCCUGCCCCAGAUUGAGGCGGCCCUGGCAGAAAGCUCCCGCCUGAAGCAGCAGCUGACCAUGCUGCAGCUGAAAAAAGACCUGCUGAGCAGCGUCUUUGGUCAGGAGAGAGCCGCAGCCCUCCUGGAGCAGGUGGCGAGUUCCAUGAGGGACAGAGACCUGCUACACAACAGCCUUCUGCAGAGGAAAAGCAAGUUGCAGAGCUUGCUCGCUCAGCACAAAGAUUUUGGGGCCGCUUUUGAGCCCCUGCAGAGGAAGCUCUCAGACCUCCAAGUCAGGGUCCAAGCCGAGAAUGGGCUCCAGCGGGACCUUCCUGGGAAACAAGCGCAGCUUUCAAGGUUGCAGGAGCUGCAGGAAGAGGCGCUGGACCUGGGGGUGCAGCUGGAGGCCGUGAGGCCGCUCAUCCAGGGGAACCCCAACCACCAGCAUAAAAUGGACCGGCUUUCUGCCGACUACCAGGCCCUGCAGAGGUCCCUGGAGGACCUCGUGGACGGGUGCCGGCGAAGCGUGCGGGAGCACUGCACCUUCAGCCACGAGCUGCUGGAGCUGCAGCAGUGGAUCGCCGUGGUCACGCAGAAGCUGGAGUCAUACCGGAGGGACGCAGGCCCAUGGGAUGCCCAGUCCCGAGAAGCUGAAAUUGAGAGGCUACUGGCUCAAUUCCCAGAGAAGGAGGCCCAGCUGCCCCUGAUCGAAGCACACGGCCAGCUGGUGAUGGAGAAGUCCUCUGCGGAAGGGGCUGCUGUGGUUCAGGACGAGCUGAGGGAGCUGACAGAGUCGUGGCGGGCCCUGGGGCUGCUGGAGGAAAGCCUGCUGAGCCUCGUCAGAAACCGGCAACUGCAAGGGACGGAAGUGGAUUCAGGGAAGAGAAUGGUUUUCACCAACAACAUCCCGAAGACUGGGUUUCUCAUCUCCCCCACGGGUCCUGUUUCCAGGCGUCACCGCCAGGCAAACCUGCCCCAGGAAGCGGAAGGCAGCUGUGAUGAUUUCUCCCAGCUCCUGAGGAACUUUGAGCAGUGGCUGCAGGUGGAAAAUUCUAAGCUGGUUAGAAUCAUCGCCAUGAAAACUGCCACAGCCGAGGACGUGAGGACCAGAGAAACGAAGCUGCAGGAGCUGGAGGCUCGGGUGCCAGAAGGUCAGCAUCUCUUCGAGGACCUCCUUCGCCUCAAGCCAGCAGGGGGGACCUCGGAUGAGAUGGAAGACUUGCGCUACCGUUGGAUGCUGUACAAAUCCAAACUCAAGGACUCCCGCCUGCUGCUGACACAGAAUUCUCCAGGGAAGCCGGCUGGAUUCCAAAAGGCUCAGCGGUUGCGAGGGACCCGCUCGCUCUUCCGGAAGGCCUGCUGCGCGGCGCUGCCCCUGCAGCUGCUGCUGCUGCUCUUCUUGCUGCUGGUCUUCCUGCUGCCCGUGGGGGAAGAAGACCGCAGCUGCACCCUGGCCAACAACUUCGCCCGCUCCUUCGCGUUCAUGCUCCGCUACGAUGGCCCCCCGCCCACCUAGCCCUCUGGGGGCACCCAGGUGACUUUCUUCUCCAGCCUUGCGUCAGCCCCCUGCUCCUCCUGAGGACGCCCGGGAGCCGGGAAACAGGGAUGGGCUGGAUGGCAGAGCUGCACCAGCAUAAAGACUGUGUUGAUGUUCCCAGCACAAAACUACUUUUUAUACAGCGUCGUCUUCGUCUAUUUAUACUAAAUGUGUACUAUGUGUGACCAGGGAAUAAUGUAUAGAAUUUUUAUAUGCUCUGUAUGUAAGUGCUCCGUAUGUAUAGAAAGUUUUAUAUAUGGCGUCUAUUUGUGGUUGGGGACUAGUUGGGAUUUUUGUGGCCUUGGUCUGUAGUCAGCCCUGGAGCGCAGGAACAGUAACAUGCCACUUGUAUGGCAAGCUCUUCUCCAGAGGCCGACCCGCAACCCAGAUGUUAGUGAAAAGGCCUCUGAGUUGUCAACACAGAAUCGCAUCCCAGGUCCCCCCAUUCAGUGCCUAGUGACUCUUGUUUUAGGUGCAGUGGGAACAAACAUCCUUGUCUAGUUUUUAAAACGACAGCAGGUUAGAUGCUAUGGAUUAGAAGCAGAAAUGGUGAUGGUGAUCAAAAUCAGACCCAGUGAUAGCAAUGAAAAGUGACAAGUGAUAGAGGGACAUCAAGGGAAGGAAAGAACUACAAAGAGCAGACCCAGAAAGAACCAAAAAGGACAGCAGAAUGGGGGCACCGUGUGCAGGAGCCCCCGAUAGCACAGACCGAUGAGGAGUGACCAGGGCCGUGCACGGAAUCCUCGGGAAGUGGUCAGACCGUGCCCCGGGCGUUCUGCUCAGGGAGACAGCAGGAGAGAGGCUCUACUGCUAGGGUCUCCCUGCAGAAUGGUGUGCACACUCUGUGGGCAGCACCCACCUGACAGUGCCGGAGAAGAUGCGUUACCUCUUGGGCAAGUUUGUCAUCAUCUCCAACUCAAGCUGAAGAGGCAGAAGGGGAGCUCCUGCCAUACGAAGGACUAGGGGUCAGAGUCCAAGACAGACACGAGAUCGGCCUUGGAGCUGGGACCAUCCGAAGGGCUUGUCCUCCUCCUCCCAGAAGGACUUUGGACAGAGGCAGGUCCUCUGGGCCAAGGAUGGCCUGCACAUGUCCCCACAAGGGAGCCAGGCUCCAGGCACCCAAACCCAGGCCCUGUCCGGCCUGAAUAGGUGGUUGGCCUCUAUGCACCUGCUGGGACGGGCUGGGCAGAUUCUGUGCUGGGGCCUUGAGGCCGGAAACAUAUCCCUUCCUCCCCAGGGAAUUCUGGGUGGUUCUAAGUGCUUUAUAACUGGAUCAUGUUUUCCCUAAGUCAACACUAAGUUUUCCUUUUUAAAAAAUGCUUUGUGCCUACUCUUUAUAAAUCAAUGUUGUCUUUUCAGCUACCAAUCGGAGACCAAGAGGCAUUCCGUAGGCCUUUGGAACCAUGAAGUGUUAUAGACACAGAAAGCCCCUUUAAGCAGGGGGAAAAGUGAGGACCUGAGAGGACCCUGGCCCCAGCGCCACGCCCCUCACCUUUUCUCGCACACACCGAUCCAGCCCUUUCUAGCGCAGGCCCAGCCUCAGCGCAGCUCUCAAGGCAGGGACCCAGGCUUCCCAGAAUCAACAGGAACUGGAUACUCAUGGCGUAGGAAAACGGUGUUGCCCAGAAGAGCACUUGGCACUGACUCAGAAAGCACACCUUUUUCCAGACAUUUGGAAACCAAGCCACAAGGCCAUACCCUGCAGGCGACCACAUGCCUGGAAAAUCAGGGGCUGCAGGAACCAAGACCCCAGGCCCAGGCAGCCAAGCCCAGAUGCUCAUUGGGUUGUAUAGGUCCAGCUCUAGAAAGCCAGAGCUGUGGCAGGGGCCUUCGAAUGUCUCUGUUCCUAACCUUCCACUUCACAGGUGAGAAGACUGAGGCCCAGAGAAGGGAAGUAACACCUAUAGGCACACAGCAAGAGAUGGCAAGGCCAGAGCCAAUCCCGGCCACUGCCUGUCCCAGGGGGAGCCCUGUUCACUGAAGCACAUAGCAGGAUCCCUGUCAGUAACUUCAAAAAGAUACAGCUGUUCAACUUCACCGCAGUUGAGUCAGAUGUUGGGGAGGGAGAAACUGCAGAAUGUGGGCUGGCGGGUGGCAAUGUCUAAAUAGAUUUUUAAAACUUUGAUAAUGAUGCCAUAGAAUCUGCUUGUUUGCAUAACUUUUUUUUAAAAAGAGAACUGAUAUUUUCAUUACUUUCAUAUAAAUACAGUUGUAAUAUGAUAUAACAACCUA